AUGAAUACCGAAUCCCCUGGCGCGCCUCUACUUUUCGCGCCUCCCGAUGCUAGAUCCUCGCGUUGCGUUGCGUUCCUCACGAAUGUCAAUAAGAAAUACGGACUUGCGCUAGAUUCGUACUUUGACCUCUACCGAUGGUCUAUCGGCCACAUCGAUUCAUUCUGGGACACUGUAUGGGAUGAAGUCGCUAUCGUCGGCUAUAAAGGGCAAGGUGUCGUCGAUAAUAAUGCUCUCCCAGCAGCAAACCCACCAUGGUUCAGCGAAGCGAGGAUCAACUGGGCUGAGAACAUGCUGACAUGUCGUUCGCCAGAUAAAUUCGCGCUUAUACAAGCAACGAGUGACCAGUCCCCUGUUACUCGUCCGAAAAAUUUCGGCUCUCAGAAGCCGCGUCACUUCAAGCCAUUCAAUGACCCCCGUCACCUCGAAUGA